CUGGCGGCGCAUCUGCUGCUGCUGCUGCCGCUGUUGAGCUGCGCGGUCCGGGCCUCCGAGAUCACGUUCGAGCUGCCGGACAACGCGAAGCAGUGCUUCUACGAGGAGAUCGCGCAGGGCACUAAGUGCACCCUCGAGUUCCAGGUGAUCACUGGAGGUCAUUAUGAUGUUGACUGCCGGUUGGAAGAUCCUGACGGCAUUGUGUUGUACAAAGAGAUGAAGAAACAAUAUGAUAGCUUUACCUUUACUGCAUCCAGGAAUGGAACAUAUAAAUUCUGCUUCAGCAAUGAAUUUUCUACUUUCACACACAAAACUGUGUACUUUGACUUCCAAGUUGGAGAAGAUCCACCUCUGUUUCCUAGUGAGAACAGAGUCACUGCCCUUACUCAGAUGGAGUCUGCUUGUGUUUCAAUUCAUGAAGCUUUGAAGUCUGUCAUCGAUUAUCAGACUCACUUCCGCUUGAGAGAAGCACAAGGCCGCAGCAGGGCAGAAGACCUGAACACGAGAGUGGCAUAUUGGUCAAUAGGGGAAGCAAUCAUUCUUCUUGUAGUUAGUAUUGGGCAGGUGUUUCUUCUCAAAAGCUUCUUUUCAGAUAAAAGAACCACCACAACCCGUGUUGGAUCACUUCGGACAUUUCCAUUUAUCAUAAUGGGCAGCACUAACUCCAGACAAAAUCCUCCACCCCCAUCAAAUAACACCUGCGAGGGUAACAAUGUGGAUACAUGUCAGAGAGACUCGAAACAAAACUAUGAAUUGUAUGACCUGUCUGUUGAAAUAGAAGAGCCCUCCACAACUGCUUCAGAAAUCCCCAACAGUGAUGAAGAUCCUGAGGAUGUUUUUUACAAGUUUGUGAUUCUGCAUGCUGAGAAUGAUAUAGAUGAAGCCAUCCGAGUCCAGCACCUGCUACAAAAUAAAUUUUGUGUUAAACCUGGAAUAAUCUUUGCAGAAAUGCCUUGUGGGAGACAUGUCUUAGAAAACUUAAAUGAUGCUGUGAAUCGGUCAGCAUGGACUAUUAUAUUGUUGACAGAAAACUUCCUAAGUGAGGCUUGGGUUGAGUUUCAGUCUUAUACUUCCCUGAUCAAUGCUCUUAACAAACGGCAUAAAUACAACUCUGUCAUACCAGUAAGGCCACUGAAUAAUCCACUUCCAAGGGAGAAGACUCCUUUGGUCCUGCAGACCAUUAAUGCACUGGAAGAAGACAGUCCUGGCUUUGCUAAACAAGUAGAGAAACUUUUCCAGGAGUCUAAAUAUAGACAACAGCAAGCAAUAUGGAAGACAGAAAAAAUGAAAGAGAGGAACUAGCUGUUGUUAUGGUAGAAGACACAUGCAAAGACAGAUGCUUAGACAAUCAUUGUGGAACAGAAGGAAUAGAAUUUACUUUUAUUCGUAUCAGAUGAGAGAAACUUUUUUUUUUUAUACACACACACAUUAGCCUACAUGAGAGAGGCCACUUUUCUGUCCUGACGUACUACUUCUCCCUACCCCUGUCUUUUGUCUUUAUACUGUAAGGUCUGCCUCCCUUUAAGACUGUACAGUUCCUUGCACAUUGCAAUUACUACUGGAAGCAGUAUAGUACUAACGGCUGCCACUGACAGCCAAGAGAAAUAGAACAGGAUCACAUCCCAUAAAGAGGCUUCUACUGUAACUGACCCAGAAAUAUACAUAAAUUAGAUGUACUAGCCACUAUGAUGGAACCAGAGAGCUACAUUCUGCAUUCUACAAAAUAUAUGCUGCCAAGUUAAAAAAUGGACAUCUCAAAGUGCGCAGACAUUCAGUGUUUAUCAUAUUUGCAGUUGUUAAAUAGCAGUUAUUUUUAGGUGCCUUUAGAACUCAUGUUAAAAUGGAUGUAAAUUUAAUAUAACCAUUUUUUAAAAUUACUCUGGAAGGGUUUUUUUGGUUUCUAAAGAAAAUGCAGAAAACUGGCAAACUGGUACAUAAAGAACUUGACUGAUGACUACCUAACAAGUGUGUCUGCCUGGGAGUUAUGGCGGUACAGAUUUAAAAAAAUUAGACUUUUUUGUUUGUCAUAGGCUCAUAGUCUGUAUUGACUCUUGUUCUACUUUUGAAUUAAGCACAUUCCAGUGCUAGUAUAAUGUGCUGUACAACAACGUAUUCAGAAACUCAGAUGACUAGUGUGUAAUUAAAGCUAGAAACUGAAAUGUUGGCGGGGGGGGUGUUAAAGUAGUAUUCUGUAUGGAAACAAGUCUGGCAAAGACCCCACUAUUACACUACUGUGGCCUGUCCUGUUUACUUGCAUUUGCAUCCUAAGGGCUUGUGUUCAACCUAUUGUUCUAUAUCCCGCUCUUAGUGAGUGAAGGUAAAGCAGUUAAAAGAAUUAUGGCUCUACUGCUAAAUAAGCAAUACAGAAGCACAAGUUGAAUAUGUGGGAUUAUGUUUAAAGUUGACUACAUAUUCCUGAUCCACGAGAGCUGAGGAGUUGUUGCCAUGACUAUCGCAUUUGUGCAGGAGAAUCUAUUUUGCUUGCAUGGAUCUUAAAACACUUGGUAACCAUCAUCUGUGCCUUUUCUUCUUUCCACAGGUCCUGAAUGUCAUGUUGUAAUACUGCCUGUCUUGUUUUAAAAGAGGUGAUGGUAUGAUCUGUA